AACAUUGCUAAUGUCAGUUUAGAAAACGAAGAAAUAAUUUUUUUGGUCUUGCUUUUAGAAUUUACCAAAUCUAUCAAUUGCCAAUGAAGUUUACAAUUGCUUGAGGAACUAUAAAAUAUUUAGUCAACUGAUUAAGAAAAUAACACAAAACAGCUUUUCAUAUCGUUACAUAUCAUAGCGAUGGAAGAAAAGGUUGAGAGCUCUCAUGGGCAGUCGAAAAAUCCCAUUGAAGCCUUGAGCAAAGAAGAAUUGAUUCAUAAAUAUAAAGGACUGCUGGGAAUCGCCAAGAAGGCUAAACAAUCCAAAGAUGAGUUUGCAGAAGAAAACCGUAAAUUGAAGGAAGUAUUAAUGGAAAGUGAAACUCAAAAAGAAGCAGACAAAAAUGCGAUUCUAAUCAUGAAAGAGACUCUCGAGCAAUUUACGGAACAAAAACUCAAGCUAACAGGUGAGCUCAGUGAUCUCCAAAAGAAAAGUAAAAUAGACGAAGAGGUUGUAACCAAAUUACGCAUCGAAAACGAGUCACUGCAGCGACAGUUAACUAGACUCAAUGAUGACAAUGAAUCUCUUUUGAAAGAUAUUGAUCGCAUGGAGAAUCAACUGAACCAGGUAAAUAUUUUAGGAAUGGAACAGAAAAAACACUUGGGAUUGCUUGAACUUGAGGUAAAUAAGUUGAGGGAAGCAGAAAGUAUUAACACUACUCUUCAGAGUACCGUAUCUAUUACCCAAGAAGAAAAUAAGGCACUAAAAGAACAAGAAAAUACUAUUAAACAGGCGUUGGAAGAACUCUCUUGCAAAUACAGCAGAGCCAAAGAAAUCAAUUCGGAACAGCGACAUAAGUUUAAUGCUUUAAAGGAUAGGUUUGUAGAAGUUCAUCGUAAGUUGAAAAAUUUAAAAGAAUGUAAGCGAGUGCUCCUGGAAACACAACACGAAUAUUCUGAGGCUGUAUCAAAGUGGCAAGUUGAAAUAGUGGAUGCUUCGAAACUUAUAUUCGCCCAAAUUAAUGUACUUCAAAAAGAGAAUGAAGAUCUUCGGCAACAAACAAAAUCAAAUAGUGGUGUGAAUUUUGAAUCUACAACGAAGCCAUCUACGUUGGAUACUAUUGAAGUCGAAUCAUUCCAAAUAAAGUUGGCCGAAUUAGAAAAGCUAUGCGAACGUGUGCGUCACGAUUCACUAACAAAAGACAAACUUUUAUCUAAUGCACAACAAAAAGAAGAGGAAUUACAAAAUGUUAUAAUUUCUUUAAAUGAUAAAAUCAAAGAGCAAGAGAAUGACAAACAAAAAGAAGAACUUGAAACGCAAGUAAAAUGCUUGAAUCUAGAGUUGUCUGACUUAAAAACCCAGUUGAACGAAUUUGGACCUCGCUUAAAAGCUGGUGAAGUUAAUAACAUGCAUUCAAACCAUAAUGAAUUGUUAGUGCGCUUGGAUACCUUAGAAACUGAGCGAAACACUUUAGUUCAGGAAAUCAAUAGAAUAGAAGAACUACAAAUGGACAAACAGCUUUUACAAAACGAAAUUGAUAAUUUAAAUAAAAAAUUAAGUGAAACUAUGCAUGUACAUAAGGAGUUAGAGCAAAUACAAGACGUAUUGAAGGGGCUUGAACAGGACAAAAAUUCACUACUAGAACAAUUACAAAAACGAGAAUGUGAAAAGCAAAAUUCAAAAGAGUCUACUAAAUUCACGGAGCAGAAUUAUUUGGAGCUUCAAAACCGAUAUACACAAAUGGAGCGGGAGCACGAUGAUUUACUCUGUGAAAUGCGAGAGUUGAAUGAAGCUUUGAAGGCUCGAGGUGAUGUCAUUUCGCGACAACAAGAGAAGCAACAGGAACUUACGAAUGAACUUAAAAAAACCAACGCAAAGUUGAAACAAAUCGAUGAGAAACUUUUGCAAAAGGAUGCAGCAAUAGCAGAAAAGGAGGCCCAAGUACGGGAAAUAACACGAGAAAUCGAUUUGACACGCCAACAGACGCAUGAGCUCGAAGUAGCUAGUAGCCGAAGCGAGGAGCAGUUACGAGUCCUCAAUGAAGAAUUGCAGUCGCUACGCAGCAACGCUGAUGCGCAAAGCGAAGUACUCUCUACAUCCACAAUAUCACGUGCCGAAGAGCUGUCGCGAAUGCGUGAAAUCGAUGACAGUUUCGAGGAGAAGUACAAUAAAAUGCGUGGAUUAGCUGUUAAACUGAAAAAAAGAUUGCAAGAACAAACUGGACAAUUGGCGGAAAUGGAGCAACAACAAUCCGGGUAUGUUGCAAAGAAAGCAAAGUUGGAGGAGUUGCAAAAGCAACUGAAAGACUUGCAACGAGAACAUGGAGAACAGCAAAAAACCAUCGAGUCAUUAAAAACGGAAAAUCAAAAGUUAAAAUCAUCCCGCAAGCAAGCAAAUGUACUGAAUUUAGAAAUUGAAGCGGCGGAAAAAUCACUAAUGGAAGCAACCACAAAACUUGCAGCUAAAAGUGGCGAGCUGGAGACGCUCAAUGCGCUCCUAUCCAACAAAGAGCAUACGAUCACUCAAUUGCGCAAAGAAAUAGCAAUAGUUGAGUCGGCAAAAAAUGCCGAAACCGUACACGCAAAGGAACUAAAAGAACAAGUUGACCUAUUACAAGAACAACUGAAGGAUGCGGUACAUGCCAAGCAAAUGGCGAGUGAGGCCAAAAAGCAGAUGGAGCUGUCACAAGAAAGUCUAAGACAAGAACUCGAGCAGAUCAAGCUGGAAGUAUCACAAUGCUCUGCUGAAAGCUCCGCAGCCUUGAUCUCAGCACAAAAUGAAAAGGAUAAACUUGAACAGCGCCUACACCAAACUGAAGCCAAUCUUAGAGAAACACAAGCUAAGUUGCAAAAUGUCGAAUGCUCGUUGAAUAACUUGCGCACCGAACAUGCUGAGUACAAGCAAAAGGCACAAGCUGUCUUGCGAAAACAACAGAAUACCGACACCACACGUGAGCGUGAACUAUCAGAGGAACUGACGCAUGCGCGUGCCAUUGAAGAGCAACAGCGUCAGACGAUCACGACACAAACCAAAAAACUAGUCGAACUAGAGCAACAAAUCGCUGACUUGCAUUUGGACAACGAGAAUCUGCAGAGUCGAGUGCAAACGUUAAGUGUUUUGGAAGACGAGUUGCGGCAGCAAAAUGGCCAGCUAGUGCAAGAACAACGCUUUCAAUUGCAGCAACAUCAGGAGACUCUCCGCACACACCGUCUGCAAUUGGAAGCAGCACAUGAGUGCCACGCACAGCAAAUAGAAGAAAUGAAAACGAAGUAUCAACAGCAAAUCGAUGAGCUUCGUGCAUUGCAGAGCCAAACAGUGCGUCAGCCGCCCAUUGUAGGCGCAGCGGCGGUAUCACACGUAAAUGCACCCUUAAUACACACAUCGACUUACAGAGAAGCGAGCCCAAAUCAAUUGUUAAUGCUUGCCGAACGUGAAGACGCAGAGGGCUCAGAAGAGGCCAAUAUGGCAACCCUCAGCAGUAAAACUCAAGCUUUGCGCAAGAUUUCCAGUAGUUCACGACGCUCUCAACACGACUUUAUGCCGCUGGAUGAAUUGCUGAACACACCAAUGAAUGCUUUCCAAACGGACACCGUGACCACCAUUGGAAGCAAUAGUUUUGGUCGGAAUGACAGCAACACAUUCGAUUUAAAUACCGGCAAUAGCAGUGCUGAGAGUUUGCAUGUCGAACUACAUGCAACGCGAGAGCUACUUACCAAACAAGAGAGUCGUGUGCGGCAUUUAACCGCACUCUUAGCCGAAAAUGAGCAGGAUUUGGCGAAAUUGACACAGAUGAAUGAUAUGCUAAAGGAAGAGCUGCGACGCCAGGAACGUGCGGUCGAACGUGAACAGCAUAUGCACAAUGCGGAGUAUUUGAAGAACGUUGUACUGAAGUUUCUUACACUGAGUAAUGGUGACGAACGUAUACGUCUAGUUCCAGUUCUCCAUACUAUAUUAAAACUUAGUCGCGAAGAAAAAGAUAUUUUAAACUGUGUGGCAAAGGGACAAAAAUUGCCCACUGAAACACAAGGACGUGGUUGGGGAAGUUUUCUGCCACUUUUCGGUGGAGGCGGCAAUAAUAAUUGAUAUUGAUUAACGCGUUAAAAUAACAACAACAACAUAUAAUUUGUGUUAAAAUAUAAAUUUAGUCGGUUAAUAGCAAAUAUCCACAUACAAAAUUAACGACCCAGACACACAGUUCAUAAUGAGUAGAGCAUUUAUUUGUUGUUUUCAUAUUCCAGUCCAUUUUAUUUGCUUUCAAAGUAUUCUUUAUUCUUCCUUUACUCUGUGUCAAUGUGUAUUUUACUAUGUUUGUCAUUAAAUGUAAUUGUUUUAUAUUUUAAGAAUUUAUAUUGCAAAAUUAUUACGCAUUGCUAUUGCAAGAAAUUUAUUUAUCCUAGGUAAUUAUUGUAAAUGUAAAUAUUUUAGGCAACAAUAAUCUUAUAAUUUACAUACAUACAUGUAUAAAAGCGAACAGCAUUACAAAUUGUGUAAAGUAUUAUUUUUUUCAAAAAUAUUGCCACUAAAAAAAUCGAAAGACGACAAAACUAACAAACAUUAUUCCAAUAGAUUGAUUGAAAAUUUAAUAAAUGUACCAAAUGUAAAUAAAUAUUUGUUAAAUUCUUGAAAGUUUGUAGAAGGUGGCCAAUAUGUGUAUAUAGUAAUGAACACAAUAUAUUCAUUCAUAAAGCAUCGAUAAAAUAAGACUAAAAUUUAUAUUGUGGAUGGGAUCAAUUUAUUUGCGUAUUUCAGUUUUAUAUGAAAUGAAUACAGCGCAUAUAAAUUGAGAAAUGAAUCAUAAUAAUAUGAAGAAAAUAAAUAAAAAAAUGUUAAAAUAA